CAUCCUAGAUCAACAGUAUCUGCGAGUAUGUGGUUAAGGAAACAGAGCGUGCGAACCGGAUUUCUUCUGUUUUAUUUUCUCUUUCCAACUAUCUCAGAGGGAUGCUGUGGGCAAAAACAACGGAGGACAAUAGCAGAUCAGCAGCUCAAUAGAUACAAAGUUGUGGAGGGGGAAGCCUUUAUGAUGCCCUGCGAUACAUCAAUGGAGUUCCCUAUGAAGUGGUUCAAGGCUGACAAAGGCAAAGAAUGUGGCAAAGAGUUUGUGGCUGAAGUGGAAGAUUGUGGAGCAUACAGAAGCCUCGCAGGAUCAAACUUGACUCUGCACGUCAUCAACAGAACUAGCUUGAGAUGUUUUCAGCACAGCGAGAGCAGCGCGAUGUUGCUGGUGGGCGAAGGCGGGCUCAUCCGCUGCCCCGGCUAUACCUGCUACAACAACACGGGCGUCGUUUGGUACAAGAAAAACAAAGCCGUGUCUGCGCAGCGCAGAACCUCCUGUGAAAACGAGGGGCAGCUACGACUCUGCACGGUCUACAAAGAGGACAGGGGGGUAUAUUACUGUGACAGACAAAUAAGUGAACAAGGAAUCCCGUGGACCUUCAGGAGGGCCGUCAACGUCACAGUCGUACCCCAUUUAAAUGCAAGCUCUUCUCCUCAGUUGAAGUAUCCUUCAGCUAACAUGACAGAGGAGGUUGAGCUUGGUCAGCCUCACACGCUGAUGUGUGAGGUAAUGUUUGAUUUUGAGGUAAACAUUUCUCGAAAAGUACAAUGGUUCAUGAAUCACGACGGCGACGUGGAGAACACGACCCCGCUACACAUGGAGCCACCCCAAGAAAAACAAGUGAUGCUUCAAACGAUCGAGGUCACACAGAAAUCCAUCAUAAAAGAAGUGACGCCACAACACCUGAAGCACACAUACACCUGCUUCGCCGGCAACGUCAUCGGAAACAACAGUGUCACCAUUAAGCUUCAAAACAAAAUACGAGCACGAUGGACAUCACUGAUUGGGUAUCCGGUUGCCUGUUUUGUGCUGGUUGCUGGCCUGGGAAUCAUCUUGCAUAUAAAGUGGUUGGAAUUACAGCUAAUCUACAGAUCCCACUUCCAGUUUGGAAAACAUAAGGAAGGGGAGAAAGAAUUUGAUGUUUUUGUGUCGUAUGUGUGGACGGUUCCAUCAGCAGAGGUGGCAAAUGGUUUGGCUCGGUUUUCUAAACCGUACAGUGAUGCAGAAGAAGGAUGUUUAUCUACCGUAAAGAUGCAAAGCAGCGAGGAACCAAUAGAAAUGCUGCUACCACAGGUGUUAGAGGACCGGUGGGGGUAUCGUGUCUGUCUGCUGGAAAGGGACAUACUUCCAGGAGGAGCUUACACAAACGACGUGGUUCUCACUAUAAACAGAAGCCGGAUGCUCAUCUGUGUCCUGUCGGCUGAAUACUUCGCCAGCGACAAUGCUGUGUUUGUCCUGGAAUCAGGAGUCAAGGCUUUACUGCAGACGUCUGCCCUCAAGAUGCUGUUGGUGUGGACCGGUGGAACCUCCCCAUCCUUCAUCCAGCCAGAACCCCCACUGCCUAAACUGGUCCAAAAAGCCCUGAAGGUGCUCCCCAGCUUGCAAUGGAGCACAGACGUAUCCUCCACAGCCGUCGGAAGCUUCUGGAUCUCUUUGCGGAAAGCCAUGCCAGUUCAGGCAUCGAGGCUGGCCUCACACCUGGAGCGCUCAUAGUGACUCAUAUUUGGGAAACACUUGUCUAACCCUGUUUAACCAAUGUUCCAUCAGCUCUCCUGUUUAACACUAUAAAAAGUAAUAAAGAUGGCCGUUUCAUGUACGCCGCUAAGAUGUGGUAUAUCAGGACUGCUGUCAGCAAUGAACACAUGGCAAACACUGGCAUUUAAAUCCACAUUCAACAGAAAUUACUGAAAUAAAAACAGACUGUAGCAGUA